AUGAUUAAAAUCAAUAAACAAUUUAAAAUAAUAAAUAAAUUUAAAAAUAAAUUAUCAAUAUAUAGUAACUUAAAUAAUAAUAAUAAUAAAUUAUUUUUACCUACCAACAAUGGUUUAAAUAUUAUUAAUAAUAAUAAUAAUAAUAAUAAUAAUAAUAUUAAUUAUAAUAAUAAAAAAAAUGAAUUAUUUGGAAAAUAUCAACAACAACAACAACAACAACAAAGAUUAAAUUAUUCAACACAUGUUAAAGAGGAAAUGGGAGAAAAUAAAAAAAAGACAGUUUUAGAUAUUUUAAAGAAAUAUAAAGAUGGUAUACCAAUUUCAAUGGUUACAGCAUAUGAUUUUACAAGUUCAAAGAUAGUUGAUAAAUCAGGAAUGGAUAUGAUACUGGUGGGAGAUUCAUUAGGUAUGGUUAUGAAUGGUGAGAGUGGUACAACAUCAGUGACAAUGGAACAAAUGAUUUAUCAUUGUAAAUCAGUGAUGAAAGGUAGUAAAAGGUCAUUUGUAGUUGGUGAUAUGCCAUUCGGUAGUUAUGAAACAUCAACAAAAGAUGCGGUUUCAAAUGCAAUUCGUUUAAUAAAGGAAGGUGGUGUUGAUGCUAUUAAAUUGGAAGGUGGUAAAAAACAAUUUGAAAAGAUUAAAGCAAUUUGUGAUACUGGUAUAUUGGUUGUCGGCCAUAUUGGUCUAACACCACAAACUUCAACUUCACUAGGUGGAUUUAAAUUACAGGGUAAAACCGAACAAGAAGCAUUAUCAUUAUUAGAGGACGCAAAAUCAUUACAAGAAGCAGGUUGUUUUGCUAUUGUUUUAGAAAUGGUACCUCAUGCAACCGCUAUGGCCAUAACUAAUACCCUAUCGAUUCCAACCAUUGGUAUUGGUGCUGGUAAUGGUACAAGUGGUCAAGUUUUAGUUUAUCAUGAUCUAUUGGGACUAUAUUCAGAUUUCGUCCCUAAAUUUUGUAAACAAUAUGCAACACUAUCAGAAAAUAUUGAUCAAUCUUUGAAAAACUAUAAAAAUGAAGUUGAAUCAAGAGAAUUUCCAUCACCUACUCAUUCUUUCUCAAUGAAAGAAUCUGAAUUAUCACCAUUUUUAGAUAAAAUUAUAAAUAGUAAUACAACAUCAACUUCAUUAUUUGAUAAAUCAUCAAUUUUAUCAUCAAAUAAAAAUAUUUUAAAUCAAAAUAAAGCAUUAAAACAACAACAACAGCAGCAACAACAACAACAAGUAAUAGUACCUAAUACUACUACUACUACCACAAUGGCACAAGUAUCACCACAAAUUAAAGAAAAUGAAAAUGAAAAAGAUAAAAUCAAAUUAACACCAACACCACCAAUAACAGAAGAGAUUUCAACAAAAUUAAUUAAUAAUGAAAUUAAAAAUAAUAUUUUACCAAAUAAAAUGACAUUGAAUGGUUCAAGGAAACCAAAGAUCGUUGUGAUUGGAGCAGGUGCAAUGGGAAGUCUUUUUAGUGCAAAAUUGGCUUCAAAAGGUAUUGCUGAUGUUUGGAUGGUUUCAGCUUGGAAAGAACAUGUCGAAAGUAUCAAUAAGAAUGGAAUGAAAUUUUUUAAUCCUCAAGGUAAAGAAGAGAAUAUUAAAGGUAUUAAAGCAACCUUGGAUGGAAUGCAAGUAUUAAAAGAUGGUAUUUCACCAGAUUUAGCAUUGGUUUUGGUAAAGAGUAACUCAACUAAACAAGCUGCAUUAACUGCCGCUACAUUGGUUGGUGGAAAUCCUAAAGCUGCUGUAUUAACUUUACAAAAUGGUAUUGGAAAUCGUGAAGAACUCGAAAGUAUAAUUAAUAUUGAUAAAGGUUUGAAAAACCAUGUUUGGCAAGGUGUAACUAGUAAUGGUGCAAUUGUAGUAUCUCCUGGCUCAGUUAAACAAACUGGUAUUGGUUCAACAUUUUUAUCAUCACCUUAUUUAAAUAAUAAUAAUAAUAAUAAUAAUAAUAAAAAACAACAACAACUACAACAACAGCAAUUGUUAUCACAAUUUCCACCACCUUCCACUCGUGAAGAGAUUUUAGCAUUGAAAGCAUUUUGUGAUAUUUUAAAUGAAUCUGGAAUUUCAAGUGAUAUCUCUGAUGAUUUAGAGGGUUUGGUUUGGAAUAAAGUGGUGGCUAAUGCUGCCAUUAAUCCUUUAUCAGCAGUUUUAGGUGUAUCAAAUGGUCAAUUAUUAGAGAAUGAAUACUCCAAGAAUUUAAUGAAAAAAAUUAUCAUUGAAGCAUUAAGUGUUUGUAAAGCAAAAAAUAUAUCAUUACCAUAUGGAGAGGAUUCAGAUGAAGCAUUUAAAUAUGUUGCUGAUAUUGUCUUGAAAACUUCUGCUAACUAUUCAAGUAUGUUACAAGAUAUACUCAGAGGUCAACCUACCGAAGUAAAUUCAAUUAAUGGCGUAAUAGUUAAAGAGGGUGAAAAGUUCGAUUUAAACGUCUCUCACAAUAAAAUGAUUAUGGAAAUGGUUUUAUCUCGUACAAAAACAAAUCCACCAUUAAGAUUAUUUAAUUAA